UGGAGAACAAUGCAUUCAAUUACAAUUUGUUGCUAGUGGAAUGUCUCAAUCCUCUAUAGAAUGCAAACGUUUAGGAGCUGAAUUGGUCAACGUUGUAGAUGAAGAUGGAGAACCUUCACUACAAUUAUUGGAUGAUUUGUCAUCGAUUUUAGAGGAAGCUUCCAAUACCGGAGUUUCUAUGCAAAGUUGGCUUGUCAGUGCUGGGCAUUUCUCACCAGAAUGGGAUUCUUCUAAUGAAAGAAUUCGUUUUCACAAACUACCAAGAGAAAACAAUCAAAAUAUGGAGAUUCUUGGAUUGCGUAGACGUCGAGGCCAGCGCCUAUUUGAAUUAACUCUUCUUUCAAAUACAAGCAUCAAUCCGUUCAUUUGUGCCUUAAACCCGCUCACAAGGCGAGUUCUUCUCUAUCAACAAUUAUUAUUACCUCGUGGGGCACCUCAAUUUGUAGAACAACCACAACCUAAUGGCUACUUUUUUGACACGUCUUCAGGCUCAAAUCAUUCAUUUUUGUCAUUGCCAUGUUCUGCAAUUGGAAAUCCGACACCUUCAAUUCGUUGGUAUAAAAAUGGUGGAGAAGAGAUUGACUUAAACUCGCCGAAUUCAACAUUUAUUGUCUCAGGAGGUGCUUUACUUGUGCCAGUAUCUAAGAUUCAACCAUCGCCUAUUACUUUCCAUUGUGUUGCUACAAACGAGCUUGGCUCAGUUCGAAGUUUAACCGCUACAAUCCGCCCAGCAUUCAUUGAACCAUUCCAAGAUUAUCGGCUAGAUGCUUAUCCUCUUAUUUUGGGAACAACAAUGAGCGGUGGAGCGCGAUUGGAAUGUAAUGCACCAAGACAUUUUCCAACACUUGAGCACACAUAAUUUCAACGGCACA